AUGACGGUCAAUACUUGUCCUGCAGCCAGUCACAAAUUCAAGGGACUGGGAGCUUCUGAGCUUGCAGACAGCCGGAUACAUGAGGUAAACAGAGUGAAGAGCAAAUUUCCCAGCAAGAUACCGGUUAUAGUAGAGAGAAGCAAUCGCGAAAAGCUGCUGCCCCAACUACAGAAGAUCAAAUUCCUCGUGCCCCCAGAAACUACUAUGGGGCAGUUUGUAAAUAUGAUCAGGUGCAGACUCUCCUUGUCUCCGGCCCGCGCUCUGUGUGUCCUGGUCAGUGACCGGCAGCUGACCAGUUUAUCACUGACAAUGCAGGAAGUGUACACUGCACACCGGGACCAAGAUGGCUUCCUGUAUAUGACCUACAUGUCUCAUGAAGUGUUUGGCUGAGAGGGUAUUCCUGCAAUUAAUGGACAUCGUAAAGUGAGGUUUUAUCAGCAGUUCUGCCUAGAUUCCAGGUGGGGCCAACCGAGGCUCUGGCUAAGCAGAUCAACGUGAUUUUUGGAGCCAUAGUAGCAAGGCAUUUAGAAGAGAAGAUACAAAAUUCACACAGGGAUGACACUAGUCAGAUGCUGUGUAUAAUUGUUUUACUAUAACCUUUUACAGUGCAGACUAUAUAUAAACGUGCCUCUCUCACAUAUUUUAAUGAAAACCUAUCUGGAAAGAGUAUGGGGCAUGUCUCUAAAAAGAUAUAAUCAGAUGCGCUGUAACCCUGGCUAACCAGACGCUACGGGAGAGUGAACCCUGCCGCCUAACAAACAGGCUACAUCAGAUCCUUUAUGGUCAAUGCAAUUUAGGCAACAGCUACGGGAUAAUUACACUUGUUUUAUAUAAGGCUUUUUGGGAUUUUAAAAGGUCCAUUACACUAUUUUUUUAACGUAUAUCAACCUAGAAGGUCCUUACUGCAGCCUUUCCAGUACAGAGAAGAAAACAAGAUCAGACUUCUUGCUAUAGACUGCAACACACAUACAGCUGUUCCUGUUCUCCAGUAUGCCCCAGCAUUCUGUUUAUGGAUUUACAGAAUUUAUUAAAGUCUUUGCACACUUUCAACAAUCUCUUUAUUAGGCAUAGACAUAUCGCACCCAACCCUUUCCACCCCUCAAAUCCAUUCUCACCCUCACAAAUAGCAAACAAACCUUUAUGCGAAUCAAAGCGGUCAUUUUUUUGCCCAAGCUUCAAUAUUCAAGACGUUUUGUUUUCUGCAUUCACCUUCUAUAAAUUUAGCUUUUAUACUUGCUAUAUUAUAUUUUGCAAAUUGCCUGUUUUGUUCUUUGAAUACAUUUCCUGUUUUGCAAUUACAAUAGAACUGUAAAUGUGAAUUGA